AUGGCUCUUUUGUUCCUAGCGUUUUGCCGAGGAGGCUCGUUGUUCUUUGUGUCCUUCCUGUUCCCGCAAGAGAUGGCGACCAAGGUGCGUUCAUCGUUACCGUUCUCUACCAAGGUGGAAAUAAUCCGGCGCGUUGAACGCGGCGAGAAGAAGUCAGAAGUCGCCGCAUCCUUCAAGAUCGCCAGAAGCACGCUGAGUACGAUUCUGAAAAACAAGCCAGCGAUCCUGCAAAAGCCCCGAGAUCGACCGAACGCCGACGGAAAGCGCAUUCGGGCGCCUGCCUUUGACAGAGUGGAAAAGGCGCUGUACGCGUGGUUUUUGGAUAUUCGCGCUCGAAACCUUCCAGUUUCGGGCCCCAUGUUACAGCAGAAAGCAAAAGACUUUGCCUUUUUGCUCGACGUUCAAGAUUUUAGUGGCGGAUCCGGAUGGCUUCAACGGUUCAAGGAACGUUACGACAUCGUCGGCAAAGUUGUCGCCGGCGAGAGUCGAGCAGUCGACAAUGAAAGCGUCAAGAAGUGGAUCGCCGAAAACUGUCCAGCAAUUACGGAGCAGUACAGGCCCUGCGAUAUUUAUAAUACCGACGAAACCGCACUGUUUUGGCAGCUCCUACCCAGUCGGACCUUGGCACGACAAGAUCAAGGCAUCAUCCGUGCCUUCAAGCAAGGUUACAGGAAGCGUGUAGUGGAGCAGCUGCUCACCAAGCUGCGUGCGGGAAAAGAACUGAAGAUUGAUUUGUUGGGUGCUAUUGAAAUGCUUAGCCGUGCUUGGAGCGACAUCGCGCCUAACACAAUUAAGAAUUGUUUUCGCCACGCGGGACUGUACCUGGAUAACGACAGAGCAAGUACUGAAGAGGCAAUCGAGGUUACGGAUGACGACUUAAACGAGAUGUGGAGAGACCUCGGCCGUCUUCCCGACGCGGUCCCGGAUGGCGUGGAGCUGGAAGAUUUUCUCGGAGUGGAUGAUGAUGUCGCAGUGACCAGCAGUCCUUCAGACAACGAAAUUGUCGCCGAGGUCGUGGCGGCUUCAGCAAACGACGACGACGACGAGGCAGAGGACCCAGAGGCAUCUUGCCCGACGCUUCACGAGGCGCUUGCAGCGACGGAAGUGCUCCGUCGCUACUGUUCCCAGCUUCAGGGAAGUGGACUAAGUCUGGUAAACCAGCUAUCUCGCGUCGAGGACGAAAUUUUGAAGGACGCAGUAAAAGCGAAGACGCAGGCAAAAAUUACCAGCUUCUGUCGGUAA